UAAACUCUCUGAACUGGUGCGGCAAUUGUUCUCAGCCAUCAGCGCCAAUUUAACGUGGGGCCGCAUGCGUGUGUUGUGACACGCGUGCACGCACACGUCAGUUGAGUCAGUUUUUUUAUUUUUUAUUUCCUGGCACGUGCGAACGCGGUUGAGUAAAAAUGACACCUUCGAGCGCACAAUUUAUCCUGCUGGUGAAUCUGAGUCUUCUCCUCCUGUCGGCCCGCACUGACGCGGGCGAGAACAAAUAUUCUGCCGAAGCGAACAAGGCCAAAUAUGCCGAUUCCUCGCAGUUGCCGACUUCCCUCAGAGACUUGGACAAGCCGUUCCGGAUGGCAAAGUUGAACGUGCUCUGGGUCAAGGCCAAAAACCGUCUGACGGAUACCAAGCUGCAGUCGAUCUUCAGCGAUCUGAAGAUUCAUGACAAAGAGGAGCUCGCGUACAAGCAUUACAAGUCCGACGGAAAGGAUCCCGACGGUCUGGAGGAGGCGCGUCUGAGGCAGAAGCUCAUCGGGAUAAUGAGCACAUACGACCUACUGGAACACUUUGUCGAUACUGAAGAUCCAAAGUUACUUAAGAUGCACAAAGCGCUGAACGACGGUAGCAAUUACGUUGCCAAAGAUGUGUUCAAGGACAUAAGGCUCAACAAAUUGUGGUCUAAAGCUGAAAUGGCUGGUUUUACUAAUGAAGAGCUUGAGACUUUAAAACAAGAGUUUCAUCAUCAUCAAGAAAAGGUGGACGAGUACAUGAGUUUAUUGAAAGAGCAAUCUAAAGAUUCAGAGAAAUCUGAAAACACCUUGCAUCUUAAAUCGGAAAGCUGGAACGAGAUAGAGGAACGGGAGGAAUUAUCUAACGAUAUACCAGAUCAGAAAUUGAAUCAUAUGGAAAAGGCGAACUUACUUCGAGAGAAACAUUUGGAGCUGAGAAAUGGAUUCGAUCGUUUAGACAGACUCACCGCAAAGGGACCAAAUCACAAAGACUUCAUAGAACCUAAGGUACAAGGAUUAUGGAAGAUUGCAUUGGAAGCAAAAUUCUCUCCCGAAGAACUAUCGUCUUUAAAGGAGGAACUUUUACACUACGAAUCGAGGCUACUUAAGCUGCGACAUCUACACACGGAAGGAGCACUGGAAGCGGCACAGAAAGGUCAACUCCACGAUUUAGAAAAUUCUACCGCGGAGCAGCAUAUAAAGAAACAUGUUAGGACUGUACAAAAACUUCACGCAGAUCUAGAAACCAAAAUCAUGCAGAAGCACACGGAAUUAUAAGAAAAUUAUAUAAGGAUAAACUAUUGCCAUUUACAAAAGGGUAAAAUGUACGUGCAAUUUAACAUAUACAAGACGGAAACAAAUUAUAGAAAUAAUCAUCUAUCAUGAAAUAGUCGUAAACGUUUAUAUUUAAGUAACUUGUCAACUUACAUUCUCGUCAAUUUUUCUGACAAUGAGUAAUCUUGAUUUUCUGACAAAACUUUAAUAGGAUACCAUGUAAAGCAUUUUUUUUUUAAUGUGUGUAUAAAUAAUUUGUACUAUAAAUAGAAUCUCCUAUAUGAGCAACGUGUGAACAAACUGUAGGGGACUACUUUAUUUAUCUACGUGGAGUACAUAAAAAAAAUGGAAGAAUGCGAGGGUCGUUCUCGAGUACAUUUGUAAUAUCUUCAACAAUUAAAUUACUAAAGAUUAUAAUUACAAUCCAGUGGCGAGUU